CACCUGGGUUUCAUAAAAGACAUGUAUGGGCAUACCAUAUUAGUUUUAAAGAUAAUAUGACAUUGAUACAUUAAUUUAAAUAUAUUAUGACUACUUCAGUGCUUUCAACAGUAUAAAUCCAUAAUUAACAUUGUACACAUUUAACACAUAACAUGCUUAUUUUUUUUUUAUUCAAUAAAAUAUUUGCUAUCUCCGCCUUUAAUAUAACAUAGUAAUGGACAGCUAAGCAAUCACUAAGUCCAACGCAGUUGUACACAUUACGGGUCCACAUACUAAGCAGUUACACACGGUCCAGACAUUAUACGGCAAAUGGUUACGUGGGCAACUUAUGAAAUUCUUCUGGUAGCUUUGGUGUCUCCUGUAAAAAUUUCAGGGGAGAUAAAAAAUGAUGUGUUCGACAAGCCAAUGUGUAAGUUUUUAAUAAAUCUUUGGGUGCAUUUAGCGUUUAUCGUAAUUAUAUUUUUGCCGUUAUGGUGAAUUUGUCUACAAAAGUCUUAGAAGUUAUAGAUAAAUGAUUUAUUGCGUAAAUGUAAAACAAUAUACUACGGCAAUCUGGACGAAACCCUAAAGCGAUUUUUUUUUUAAUUUUAAAUAUUACCAAACAAUAAAUUGACCAGAUUUGUUGCAAAAUGAAAUUAUAAUUUUUUUAAAACCAAGCGCACCGGAGUGAAACAAGCUAUUAUACAAUGUUUCUGUUCCUGAGCGACAACCCACUCCAAACGAAAGAGAAACAGCUGAGUCAAUAAACAACAAUCUAUGACUUGGUCAUUCUCCCUGUUAAAUAAAGCAGAACAGAUUCUAAUCCUUUUAGAAACAUGGAGAUGGAGCAAACAGUUCAGUAUGUAGAUUAUGAUGUGAAAGAUUUUCUUCAUACAAUUUCAAAUCUCGUAGAAUACGCGAUUUAAAAUAUUCUGGUCAACCAGUGACAAACCAUGAAGACAAAUUAAUGAUCAAUGAACCAGAGGAUGUUUCGUUCCAGAAACAACUGGAUGAACUUGCAAUCUGGUUUGAGAAUUGGUCACAUUUACAGCGCUGUGGUGUAUUGAAACGACUUAUUUCAAUCAGUAACUUUCCUCAAUUUCAAUUACUAUGGACCGCUGUUGAACCAAUUCUGCACCGAGAUUUUAUGUAUUCAGCAUCAGAAAGAUUUCCAUCAGAACAAUUUACUCCAAUCAGCACCGAGAUAAGUCGAGCGACUCGGCAACGUUUGACCAAAAAUAGGAUGAUUCAGCGAUUUCAUCGAACGAAAAGUGCUUACAUCAGAACUGAGGAAGAUGUGAUGAGUCGUAACCACCUCUUACCCCCUAUUGAAUCAAAGCCUUUCCAUCUUCCUGCAGUGGAAGCGGGAAUUCCAUCUUCCUUUAUCCGAAUCCCAUCUCUACAUCACCGGAGGAGUCUCACAACCCCUGAUCCUCAUGUGGAUCAUGAUCAUCGGAAACCGGAAGCGAACUGGAUGACAGCCAUGCAUGUGCGUCGUCAUAUCCUAGAAAAUCCUGUUGUAGAAAAUGCAAGUACAUGUAGUUCUGAUUCGUCUUGCCCAAAUUCUGACCAACUAUUGGAGUGGUAUGCAUCCUGGAAAGGUCCAGAAAGAGCGACUUUUCUACGCCUUGCUUUAAUGAAACUUGACGCCCGACAACUUUAUUUUCUCUCAUCUUUCCUUGCUGUACGAAGACAUCGAGAUAUGCUCUCUCUGCUGCCCCCUAAUGUAGCGCACCACAUUUUAUCCUUCCUACCACCGACAGAUCUCAUAAGUUGUGCCAAGGUUUCCAAGUCUUGGGAAACAUUGUGCCGACACAACAAAAUCUGGCGCCAAAAAUGUGACGAGACCCCUCUUCAUGUUCGUCCUGUUGCGACACCUAGUGUUGGUGGGUGGAGGUCUGCAUACCGGGAAGACAAACUGCUCAAGCGGAACUGGCGUGAAGGGAUAUGCAGUGAACUGGAACUGACGGGGCAUAGUGGGGGUGUUCUGUGUGUUGUUGCAAAUGAUAAGAUGAUUGUCAGUGGGGGUAAAGAUGCAACUGUAAGGGUGUGGAGCGCCUCAAGUGGCAGGUUAAAGCAAACAUUUACUGGACACCAGAAAAGUGUUUGGUGCGUUGCAAUUCUAACUGAUAAACUGGUAGCCAGUGGUUCAUAUGACAGAUGCGUUAAGAUAUGGCGUCUGGGAGCAAAGGCAGAAUGUCUAAGAACUUUAUUUGGGCACCUUGGUCCAAUCUGGUGUAUGGUUUGCAAACAGAGGUACCUUGCUACUGGAUCUCAGGACAGAAUGAUAAAGUUGUGGGAUAUACAUCACUGCACACUUCUGCGCACCCUCAGGGGACAUACCUCUGCAAUAUUUGCAAUGGAUGCAGACGAUUGCUUCAACAAUCUAUUCUCUGGUUCAGCAGAUAAGAGCAUCCGGGUUUGGGAAAUUGCCACUGGACAAUGCAUCAGAGUGUUAUGGACAGGGUCAGCCACUGCCACGAUGUCGGUCAGUUUCAGUCACGGUCUACUGGCAUCGGCUGCCGGCGGUCACGUAAUGUUGUGGGAGCCAAUCAGCGGUCGAUUCGUUCGCUCGUUUCAUCCACAUAAAGAACGGAUCGAAUCGGUCCAGCUUAGAAUCACUGACUCAACAGCGACGUCUGGCGUCCUUACUACAGCAUCUAAAGAUGGGGUAAUCACCUACUGGGGAAUUUUUGGAAAUGAGAUUCCAAUCCGCAAACUACGGGGUCAUAAAGGUCAGAUCAAUUGCGUCACAUCCGGCCCCACCCGCGUGGUGUCCGCGUCCCAUGACGGUACAGUUAGGGUGUGGGACUUCCGGGAAUCCCCCUUUACCCCCAUCACCCCAAACGCCAUUUUUUAAAAGUGUUUUACUCUAGUUUAGGAUUUCUGCUUUUUGUAUAAAGUUUUCAUGUAUAGUAGAGUGGGGGAAGAUGGGACACCUUUAGUACAAACUAUCCAAAUAUCCUGAUCGGGUUUUAAACAAUUAACAACGGUCUAUGGGAGUCGCAAGGAUACGGUUUUAUAAUUCUUUAAAUGCUCUUUGUUUACUACUGAAUGGGACGAGAAAUUUGGUGUUAAAAUGUGUCCUAUCUUCCCCCACCUUACUGUAUUACUCGUUUAACUUAAUUUUUAUAGUGUUCCAUAGUUUACCUAAUGUUUCUAAAAGUGCCUCGAAUCGCGCGUAUACUGUGAUUUUACCUUUGCCAUUCAAUCUGAUAAGCCACUGUAUAUCAAAUCAUGUACCGCACUGUGCGUAGUUCUCUCUGUAAAUUUCCCUUUUCCCAGAACACAUGCGACUGUUUUCCACGCAUUUGCCAAGUUUCAAUGAUCAAAUACAAAAUUCCAGACACAGGAAAUUAGU